AUGUCCUCUGCCCCGAGCAGGUUUAUCUUCGUUUUCGUCCUCAUCCUAAAUUUCAUCCUCUGGUCGCGCAGUCGCUACGGACAGCCGAUCCAAGCCAGCCUGUUCCAUGGUGGUGAAGCCAGCCUCGUGAAGCGGAUAUCGUAUGAGCUAUCGCAGCCGCAGGGAACGCUAGUAUACCCUUCGGAGGACAAGUGUCGCCCACUCGCCUUCCCUGUCGAGGCCCAAUGCAAACAUGUCCAAGAGGAUUGCCCGGAAUCCGACACUGUCCUUGACAUACACUAUCUCCAGUACUAUUUCUGCACAGAUGCCAAGCUGCGCCCGCUCGUCUUCACGGGCCUCAUCUUCUGGCUCAUAUUCCUCUUCUCCACACUGGGAAUCAGCGCAUCCGACUUCUUCACUCCCAACCUCGCCACCAUCGCUCAGUUGCUGGGACUUGACGAAAACGUCGCCGGAGUUACUUUCCUGGCAUUCGGGAAUGGCAGCCCCGAUGUCUUCUCGACGUUCUCUGCCAUGCGUGCCAAUUCCGGUAGCCUGGCAGUCGGCGAACUGCUGGGGGCAGCGACGUUCAUCGUGUCGUGUGUCGUAGGCUCAAUGUGCAUCAUCAAGCCGUUCCAGGUUAAUCGCACACCAUUCCUGCGGGACGUCGGCUUCUUCGCUGUCGCCGUGAGUCUGGUACUCUUUACGCUCUGGGACGGCAAGAUCUCCGCAUGGGAGGCAGGUGUUUUGGUCAUCCUGUACCUGGUGUAUGUGUUUGCGGUCGUGGUCGGAUCGUGGUGGGAACGCAGGCAGGAGCGUAAGCGUCAUAUGGAGGCUCUUGUUCGUGCGGAGUAUGCAGAGGACCAGGUGUUCCCAAGAUACACAGAUGAUCCUGUCCCGACUCUCAGCGUCAUCCCCCCAACUCCCUCAAGAAACCGAGCAGUAUCAGCUCCUACACCCCCCCGCCUACAGAUAACUGUACCCCAUCAGCGUCAUCACUCAAGAUCACCUUCUCCCCUAGGCCACCCCGCUCAACUACCAUCUUUCUCCCUUGUUGGUGCUCUCGAGUUUCGUGAUGUCGUAGCAGCGCUGAAGAGCGAAGCUGCGGGAACAUCCUUGGGCAUGUUUGAGACGCCAGUGACACCUUACGCUGGAGGGCACUACCACUCGCAUCGAACCUCAAGGACGUCUCGCUCUUCUCUGAACUCGAGUAUAGACGAAGAGACCCUCAAUGGUUUGCAAUUAGGCGAGCGACCCUAUGCGUCAUUGUCCGACCGUGGUAGACAUGACCGCGAACGCGAACAGAACGAUUUCCUCUCCACAGAGCCAGGCGACUACUUCAACCUGCACACGUCGCCCAGCCAACAAUCUAUCCCCUCCAUCCUGCGCACUCCAGCAUCGCCAUCAGCAACAAUUUCAGAUGUCGACACGGAGGAGCAACUUUACACCCCACCAACGAAACGGCAGCGCGUCUGGCGGGCACUCGGGAGCACCCUGCACACGCUCUUCCCUACGUUCCAUGAAAUCAGCAAGCAGAGCUUCGCAUCACAAAUUGCGUGCAUCCUCGCUGCUCCGGCUGUGCUCUGCCUUACGUUGACGCUGCCCGUUGUGGUGACCCCGCAUGAGAAUACCCUGGGUUCUCGAGAGAAGAACGCGAAUCCCGAGGCCCGACUGGUCGACUUCGAGGAGGAGGGCACCGAGCGGAUUCUCAUCGCGGAAGAGGAGGUCGAGGAGAACAUCCACGAGCUCACGUUUAACAAGUGGUUAACGGCGACGCAGUGCGUCUUGGGACCGUUGUUCUGUGUCGAGGUUCUCUUUGGUAGCUCGCCUCGGCUCCUGUGGCUCCUGCUGGGAACCGGGGUAGCUGGUCUAGCUGUUGGUAUUCUCGUCCUCUUCUUCUCUGACAAGGGAAGCAGUCCUGCUGCACGUAUGGCACGCUGCUCCAUGGGCUUCUGCGUAGCCAUUGUCUGGAUCAUGGCCAUCGCAGACGAAGUCGUCAACGUUCUUCAAACCUUCGGCCUCAUCUUUGGUCUCUCUGACGCCAUCAUUGGUCUGACCAUCUUCGCUGUGGGCAACUCUCUAGCUGACCUCGUUGCGAAUAUGAGCGUAGCAGUGUUCGCCCCCAUUAUGGGUUUCUCAGCAUGCUUCGGUGGUCCCAUGCUCAACAUCCUCCUCGGAGUUGGCGUCUCUGGGUCGUACAUCAUCAGCCAGACGGCAGAACCGUACAUCCUCAACAUCUCUACGACACUCUUCGUCAGCGGGUUCGGCCUUCUCUUCUUGCUCGCAGCUACGCUGGUCUUUGUUCCGCUCAACGACUACAUGCUCACACGAAGAUGGGGUGUACUCCUGAUUGCGACAUACGCAGUGAUCAUGACCAUUAAUGUCAUCGUCGAGCUCAAGAGUUGA